UACAUCAAGUUCAAUGAGCAGUAUGUGCCCCACGACCCCAUCAUGUCUGGCUGCCUGCCCAGCAACCCCUGGAUCACGGAUGACACCACGUACUGGGCCAUGAACGCCCCUACGUAAGCACCCACGCUGCAGCUGCCACGCCGUGUGCAGCGCUGGUGCUUCAACUGCAGUGAGCUCCUCAUGGACCCCCUGGGCCGGGCACAGCUCCUCGACUUCCUCAAGAAGGAGUUCAGUGCCGAGAACCUGAGCUUCUGGGAGGCGUGUGAGGAGCUGCGCUACGGGGAGCAGUCCCGCAUCCCCGAGAUCGUGGACUCUAUCUACCAGCAGUUCCUGGCCCCCGGGGCCACACGCUGGGUGAACAUCGACAGCAAGACGAUGGAGCGGACGCUGGAGGGCAUCAAGACGCCCCACCGCUACGUGAUGGACGAUGCCCAGAUGCACAUCUACAUGCUGAUGAAGAAGGACUCCUACCCGCGGUUCCUCAAGUCAGAGCUCUACAAGAACCUCCUGGCUGAGGCCAUCAUCCCCCCGGAGACCAAGAAGCGGGUCUUCCCCUUCAUGCGCAAGCAGCGGCACUCCAGCCCCA